AAUGAACUAUUUUCAUAAUUCUCUCAUGCCUGGAUUAUCCACUGUAGAGAGUGGUUUUUCAAUGAGAUAUGACUAUAAUCAAUAUUCACACGAGCAAGCUAUUCGAGAUCAGCAAUUUGUUCAUAUUGACGGUCAACUUCAUCACAAUCUGUCUCCUUGGAAUGAACUGCAAUCCGCCAAUAUUUCUCAUUCAAGUUUCAACGGCGAAAUUCACAACACUGAGCAAACCCAUAACGGAAUUUGUUCAAACACAGUUUUUCAAGCCCCUGCUCCCUAUUAUCCGUGGAUGGGAGUAGUUGGUCCUAAUUCAACACAGAGGAGAAGGGGAAGACAAACUUAUAGCCGUUUUCAGACAUUAGAACUAGAAAAGGAAUUUCAAUUUAACCAUUAUUUAACAAGGAAGCGACGCAUUGAAAUUGCUCAUAACUUGUGUUUAACGGAAAGACAAAUAAAAAUUUGGUUCCAGAAUAGAAGAAUGAAAUUGAAAAAAGAGAGACAGCAAAUUAAGGAUAUGAAUAGUGUAAAGAAUGAUGGCAAAAAGAAAAAUGAAAAGGAGAAAGUGAUCACAACAUAAAACAUUGUUAGAGACUCUUCCAUUGUCAUUUAUAUAAAUAAAGAGAAUACUCUAUGUGUAAAAGUUUUACUAACAUAUUAACGAAAACUUAUUGCUGUGUGAAGAUAUAAAUUGAAAUAUAAUUAACGAAUCUUAUUGUGAACUUUGGUUUUUUAGUCAGAAAUUUCAGUAAAAUAAAAGGCAUGUCUUAAGUGUUAUAUAUCUAGUAUGCUGUUAAAAAUUUUACAUGGUAAACUACAAUUUCUAUACUAGUUUUCAAAUUAAGAUAAUACAGAGCAUGUGGG